AGAUGAUCAUUCAUAAAGAUAUAGUUACCUAAUAGGUUUACAUGCACUCAAAUUGCUUAACUCGAUCGUGGGGGAAUAAUUUAAAAUAAAAUAAAAAAUAAGAAGAAUAGGUGGUGUAUGUGAUGGUAGGAGGAGGCAUGCCACAGACAUCGCCUAGUAUAGCUAGUUGUCUGUUAUUUCUAGAUCAAGGCCAGAUCCUUUUCUCUAGUCCCCUAGUUCUAUAUAAAGGAAGCAAAAGCCAGAACAUGGAGAACAACUUGAAAACUUAGAUUUUGACCUUUCAAUAAUCUUCUCAAGAAAAAAAAAAUGGCUCCCUCGCCUUUGAGAUCAAAAACCACACUAAAGCAUGCUCGUUCUCGCAGCUUUCCCCCUAGAUCUCACCCUAUCGUGUCUCAAUUCGAUGAACACUUGUCUAGAGUAAAAUCAUCUUCAGAGGCUACGUCUUCUUGCCUUUCAUCCUUCACCUGCAGACUAGGUGACCUUGAAAACUUAUUUGAUUACACGGAAGAUUUGCUUCAAUUACAACACAUUCAACAAGCCAUGCCACUAGAGAAGUUGGAUGAAUUAUUAGAGGGGUACCUCAAGGUAUUAGACGUUUGUGCCGCCAUCAAAAAUCUUUUGUCGAAUGAAAAGCAAAAUAGACAAGACCUUCUUUCAGCUCUUCGUAGAAGACGGACUAUGGAUGACAUUUCUAGGUACCUAACCUCUAGAAAGAAGUCCAAGAAGAUGAUGCAAAAGCUUCUUAAAGAUUUGAAAAGUAUAAUGAAGAAAAAUAACUUCGCAUCAAAAAAGCCUGAAACAUCGGCUAUUGUUGGAGAAUUGCAGGAUAUCCAGUUAGUCACUCUAGGACUAUUUAAGGCCUUGUUGUCGUAUGUCAAUGGAACUGGAUCUCAAUCAAGUAGUUGGUCAAUGCUGUCCAAGAUUAUGCCCUCGAAAAGUGAGGAAGUAGAAGCCAAUGAGUUUGAUAAUGUUGACGCUGCUUUGUGCUCGCUUCUCAGUCACAUUAAGACUAGCAAAUACGAAGAAUUGCAGAAUCAGUUGCGAGAGAUGGAGGCAAACAUUGAGGUUCUUGAAGAAGGUCUCGAAUGCUUCUUCAGGCGCUUAAUCAAAACUAGAGUAUCCCUCCUUAAUAUUUUGAAUCACUAGCUAGCCAGGAAUAGAUGUUGCAGCCCAAAGGGCUAUAUCCAAAAGUUUUGUACUACAGUAACCCGUACAUUUUAUAAUAUACAUCAAAAUGAAAUAAAUGAUCAAGUUCAUUUUUUGCUGCUACAAAUAUCUUUCUUUUUUGAGUC